UUGAUACUUCCUCGGUAUUAAUAGUUACAGUAUACAUUGUUAUUUGGUGGAAAGUCACAUAAAUAACAGACCAGUCAAAUGAUUGUUAGACUGUUAAAACUUCGGACGAUAGAACAGCUAUAACCUAAAGUUACUGAGCAGAGCAUUAGCACUAGCCCAGGCUGUUGCCCAGCUCCACACCAAUUGUCACGUGACAAUUGAAGGAAAAACAAACGCGCGGCAGUUGGUUAACUCAACUCUACAGGGACGUUAAUAUAGAAUGUAUUUUUAUUUUAUUUUUUCAUGUAAGGACUUGAAGAAGUACGAGCGUGUAUUUUAAAAACGACAUCUGUGAUCCUGAAAAUGCGUGUAGAAGGGGCUUGAGUUUUUAUAAUGCAAAACAAUUCCGCCAGCAUCUCGAAUCAAGUGAGAACCCGACCAGUCAGAUCUGGCGGUGCCACUAAACGGGUGCGAAAAAUUCAAACCAGAAAGAUUCCUUAUAGAGUCGGAUACACCUGGAACAAAGGUGGAAGACUCAAGGAGCUGAGGAUAAGGCAAUUGGCAAGAAAGUUUCUAAAAAUAUGGAUGAAAAACACAUUUGGUCGAAUUCUUCCUCAUGAAGCCAGGUUCUACUAUAACAGUGUUGUCCUGAGACGAACCUUUGAAGGAUGGAGAGAUGAGUGGUGGGCCUCUAGGAGGGAAUGGAGUCUUACAGUACGAGCAGAGUGUCACUACAGAUAUUACCUGUUCAACUGGACAUUCCAAAGUUGGAGAAACUUUAUAUCUUUGCAAAGCGAGAAGAGGGCAAAAAUGCAAAGUGCACUAUCAUUAGCUGACAGGCGACUGAAGCAACUUGUUUGGGACAGAUGGAGGGCUUUUAUAGAGAUGAGAAGAAUGCAGAACAGAACGCUUGAAUCAGUUCUUGCACAAAGGAGAGUCUCAACUAUCCACUUAGCGUGGAAUUUGUGGCAGACUAGGGUACAGCAGGAACAACACCUGAAGCAAAGGGCACUGAAUUUACAGAGGAAGGCUUGGGUUUUGUGGAGAGAGAUGCACAGAUCUGCUUGUUGCCAGAAGGAAAAAGAAUCCAAAGCUGCAUUUCACUUCACUCUAAAAUUGAAAAGAAGAACAUUCCAUCAGUGGAUAAAUUAUGUGUCCUGUCGCCAGACCAAGAAGAAAACACAAGCUGUGGCUCAGCGGGCCUGUUAUCUGCGCCUGAUGGGAAAAUGUUGGAGGAGAUGGAACAUCUCAUUAAAUCACAGUCGGAGUGAAGAGACAUUGUUGCAAGCUGCAAGUCAUUUGACUGUCAGGAGCAUUCAACACAGAGUACUGAUUCGCUGGAAAGCUUACAUGAGUUUGUGCAGAGAAGAGAAUGAAAGAAACCAGAAAGCAGCUCAACAUUUCCACCAUCUUUUAAUGCGUUCUGGAUUGCAGGGGUUGUCUCUUAAUGUCAUGUGGAACAAAGCACACCGACUGAACAACAACAUAGCUGUCCAGCACUUUCAUCAAACAAUGAUAAGUAAGUAUUUGAAACUGUGGAGAGACCAUCUAGAGGAGGCUGAGGAUCAGAAAUUUCAACCUCUAACUGAGAUGGCACUGACUAACUACAGGAUUUCUCUGCUGAGGAUCUGUUUCCAUCACUGGAGAGAGAAACUUGUUGAGCUGAGACACAUGCAGGAAUUGGAGCGUUGUGCAGACAUUUUGUCUGGAAAGCACUUGUUAUCUCGAUGUUUCAAGUCAUGGGUUGACUUCACUCUGCAGAGACGGGUAUGUGAGCACAGACGACACAAAGCGGAUGUCUAUAACCGACAACGUCAGUACACCUGGGUGUUCUACACCUGGCAGAAAAAGUCAAAGAAACAAACAGAGGAGAUGCUCUCUGAGCGAAUGGCGAUUCUUCACAAAGAGCGAUGCCACAUGCAGAGAGCCUGGACUCGAUGGAGACAAAGUACGCAACAGCAGAUCAAAGACGCGGGAAAACAGAAAGCUUUACACCGCCUGUACCUUCACAGGCUUCUCCACAACACAAUGAUGCAGUGGAAGGACAACAGCUGCGAGAUACGAGACAGGAGAAAUAGAGAACGACAGGCCUGUUAUCAAGGUGACCUGCGCUGCAUGAGAUUGGCUGUAGACAAAUGGAAAAAGUAUGUUCAAAGCCAGAGAGUGAAGAAAAACAGAAUGAAGGAGAUCCAGCAGUACCAUGAAGUUAAACUCCUCCAAAACUCCUUUGUGGCAUGGAAGAAACAUCACCUACACCUGUCUCUCAUCUAUGAACAUGCUGAGGAACUUUACAGGCAGCGCACAAAGUGUUUUCUCAGGAAAUUUCUUAUUGUUUGGAGAGAGAAAGCAGCACUGCUGGCUGAGAUCCGGACUGCACAAAACCACUUCCAGCAUUCCCUCCAACACAAGGUGUUUUUUGGUUGGAGAAAAGUAACAGCACAUGCAGUGUUAAGGCGUCACCAGCAGGGGGAAGCACUCAGCGAGGUUCAACAGACAAUAAAUCAAGUGGUGGUGCUGCACUCUUUCAGACGGUGGAGGAACCAAACCAGGGAGGCACAGAGGGAGAGGAUGAACAUGGAAAAAGCCAGGUGGCACCAUAACUCCAAACUUCUCUAUAAAACUCUGAAAGCAUGGAGCAAACAUCACCACCAGCUCCAGAAAAAUAAGGUGAUGAAGCGGCAAGGAAUCUUGUUGCUGAAGCUGAAGGUGUACCAGACUUACUUUGAACAGUGGAAAAUGAAGCUGCAGCACAGACGGAGAGAAGCUCAACAUACAGAGCGAGCUCUCUGGCACUGGUCCCUCACUCUUCAGGCCAAGGUAUUAUAUGGAUGGAGGAUGUGGGUCACAGAGCAGCACAGCAAGCGAGAGCAGGCAGUCAGAGCUGCGCAGGUCUACAGAGACCAGCUGCUGAGGGAGGGUGUGACGUGCAUCCUCACGUACGCUGCUUACAUGAAUAAUCUCACAACAGACCUGACAAAGUUCAGCCAAGAACAAAGAUCACAGACUCUCCAGAGAGUUGUUAAACGGUGUGCCAUGCGGUGGAAGCAGCGUGCGUUGUGUAAACCACAGAAAGAGCAAGAGGUCCAAGAGCAACCUGCGAAAAAGAGUGUGACUUUCUGUCUUCCAGCAUCUACACUGAACUGCAUUUCCUCGACUGACUCAGUAGAACAGGGAUCUGAAACUUCUCAUCAGAGCACCCUCAUAUCUACUGAGCCUUACAUGUCCACUGUGGACUUGCCUCUGAAAGCCCAGAACCAGGACCUUCUUAUGCCUCCUUCAGCUUUUAUGGUCUCAGGGACACAGAAUACAUUGGGGAAAUCCAGCAGGUCAUGUCCCGGAGAGCCUUUACUUGUACCUUUUCAUCAGGCUGCCACUCCAUUUAAUCACCUCUCAUCAGCUUAUCCGGAUGAACAUCUGAGAGCAUUGAGUCAAGAGAGUGAGGAUCCAUGUGUGGAAGAUUCAUCAACUGAUCCAAUAUCAGCUCUAACGAGAGAGCUUCACAGCAUUCAGCUAGACCUGAAGAGCUUCCAGCGGAGCAGACAUCAGCUUCGGGCUUGGCGAAAGUUGAGAGAGGUAUUGCAGAAUUGGCUGCAGAUGAGUGGGGAGGAUGAACAAACGGAAAGAAAUGCGGUUUGUGAAGAGUUAAAGGAGCUGGACGAGCGCAUCCUUGGACUGUCCACUGAACUUGACAAACAGAAACCAGCGAUGCUUCUCCACGCAGAGAGAAUCCAGCAUUUACAGUCUGUUCUCCGCGCCUCAGGGGUUCAAAGCUAAAGACGUGGAACCCCAUCACUGUGACCGGAGCAUGAAAUGGUCAUCUGCUGCUCAUUUGAACUGCUGUUCCUCUGCCUUUAUCACAUUUCCUUAAAACAAUGUAAAGACGUACAGUAAAUGAGUAAAUGAUUCAGCUGGUGCAUAACUUAGCUCAGGCUUUAUGCUUUUGUCUAAAUUCUCGAACCAUAACUGCACCGUUAACAAUUUUCUUCCCAACCAGCUUUUUUUAAAAUCCUGAUAUUGUUGGUUAUUUUUGUUAAAUAGCAUGGAAAAUGUGCUAAAAUGAACUCCACGUAUCCAAAAAUCUUAUAGCCACGUGCUUUAAAGCUGCCUUCCCCCCUAAAUUUACACUUUCAUUUUUGAAAAGUUGGAUAGAGGUCCUCCUUGUGGCAGAUGGUGCUAAAUAUUUUCCAUAUGUGUGCAAAAAGUGACAUAACUGUUUUCAAUGGAGUUGCCCUUGCGCAACAGAUUUUCUAUUUCCCCAUUUGCACUAGUGCCUCAAACACUUGGAAAGCUAUACAGGAAAACUUAGCAUUUCCAGCUCAGAGAGAGGACAGCCGUCUGUUGCUGUCUGCAGGCUGUACAGAACACAUUUCUCUGAGUGUUUGAUCCAAAGCAGGUCACAAUGCGAGGGGUUUAUCGUGUUUUACUCAUUUUCAUCUUUGCCUGCUGUAUCAGGGGUAAGCAUUGUUCCUCAGUUAUUUAUUUGCAUUAUUUUGUAUUAAUAUCUAGCCUCAUUGUGAUAUCAUUUUUAUUUAUAUUGGUAUUUUUGUGGAUUUCAUUUAUAAAAACAGAUUAAAACUAUUAAAAUAUUAUAUUUUCUGUUAACAUUGAUUCAGGUGUUGUUUAUUAUAUGUAUAAAAACCUGUAUUUUCCUAAAUCACAGAUAUGCAUAAAACAAAUCAGUAAUUUAAAUAAAAACAUGCACAUCCAUCCUCUAACU